AUGGCUUCAAUAGCUUCAUCUGCUCGCAAGAUCCCAACAUCCUUUGGUCGAGACAGCUUAACUGCUGUAGCGGCUCGGAGUGUGCCUGUGACCAAUGGCCACCCUCUUCCUACUCCUCCGAACUCUAUUUCUCCCAACCUACCUCCGCAUGUUACCAAAUCUUUUGGUACUCGUUCGCCAUUGCCCCAACUCAACUUGGAGCAUGUUGAAUCCGACCUAGACUUACACGACGGAAGUGGAAAUGAAGGAACGUCGGAUAUCGGAUCGCCAGGAUUGGAUACCACUGGUGCCAUUACCCCUAGUUUAUUGGCUAAACACCACCUUCCUGAAAUUCUGUUGGAUCAUGGCCCCCUUGCUAUCCGGCACAUCAUGGGUUAUCUCACUACUUCAGUCCCCGGCUUUUCUGGAAUUCCUCCCGCGAAAGCUAGAAGACUUGUUGUGGGCGCUUUGGAGGGACGUGGUAAUGGCGGUGAGGCUGGCGGUGUAAAAGGAAAUGUGUUGUUCGAGAAAGUGGGUUGGGGCCGAUGGGACGCGAGACUAAAGGGACAUCCGGCAAGAAUGGGUCGAGCUUUUGGAAAUUCACCACCACCGAGUUUACCAGAUACCUAUCCGAUUGGGAUGCCAAUCGCCAACAACCAAGGGUGGUCAUUUACGCGAACACGUCUUAAUGAACCAGGGUCAAGUUGGGCGGGGGAUUCGGCAUUUUUCUCUCACGGAGAUGAUGUCUCGAUGCCUGAUGAGGCCGACAAAAUGUCUUUGGAUGGCGAUGAGUCGGGCUCUUCCUCAUCUGAGGUUGGAGACGACGUAAUGAUGGAGGACGACCCAAAUGAUGUAACAGACGAAGAGGACUGGGCGGCUGUUGGAGCCGCAGCAUUGCGAGCAGCUUCUUAUUCAGCAUCUGGACCCUUCACUUCUGGGCCACUUCCACAAGUUUUCAAUUCUCAUCUAUAUAGGGGAGGGCUGCGUUCUGUUGUUGGACAUUCCCUUCCAGCACCAGCACGAACUCACACCCCUAGCGGUUUCACAGCUUUGAACAUGGCUUCUGCAGAUUCUCAAGAGCGAGAAGCCAUUGAAGCACUUUUACGACUUGGUUCUGUAUAA